GCGUGUUUAAGGCUUUUAAUCUCAAAACACAUAAGAUAAUGGACAUUUCAAGUUUCGAUUUAGAAUCACUUCCUGGAGACCUACGAAUGGAGAUUCUAUCAUGGUUGCCUCUGAAAUCCGUGGUGAAGUUCCUCAUCGUCUCGAAGGAAUGGCAAUCUAUAAUACUUGAGGAAAGAUUUCGAAACCUCUACUUGAGCCGAUCGAUGACAAGGCCUCGACUGAUGUUCAUAAUCGAACGAUUUCGUCGAAAUGCAUCACAGCCACCCGAACUUGAUAUGUCGUGGUUUCACUCUCUUUAUCAAGAUGGAAGAUAUCAGCACGUAUUUCCUAACACUGAGAUGUUGUUUUAUUCUGUUUAUCAAGAGGAGAAACCAUUGUUGUCGUCUGGUGAACAACAAUUGCUUAUUCCUCGUGAUACAAUGGCUUAUCAUUAUUCUCCGCCCAUCGGAGGUUUGAUCUGUAUUCAGUUACGAACUAAGUUUGCGAUUUUCAAUCCGGGUUUGAAAAAGUUACGGAAGUUACCGGAGAUCCAAGCACAUGAAAAUGUUGAUGUACAAAGUUUUUUCGGAUACGAUGAAGCUACGAAUGUAUUCAAGGUGUUAUGUUGGACACGCUUGUUUAUAUCAGGUCGAGAAACUAAUGAAUAUCAUGUGUUGACGGUGGGAUCAAGUGAAGAACCUUGGAAAAGGAUCACAUGUCAGGGUUUUGUACUAUGGAGCCAGGUUAUGUCUUGA